AUGCGCUCUUCUCUAUCAUUCAAGCUCCUGCUCAUUCUCACCUGGUCCGACCGAGUCAUCAGUUCCCUUCGCGAUGGAUCGCAACAGGUCGUUAUUGCGCCGCCAGAGAAUGUCAACGAUGCCGCGGCUGCCUCCUCCGACUUUCAUCACGAGCACAUCGUCGAUGACACGAUUCUCGCGGCCCUCAAGGCCUACCCCGACCCCGUCGACGCCAUGAUCUCCCUCCAACCUGAGAUGGCAGCACAGCUCGCCGAAUCCAGACUGAUCCAUAUACUGGGCGAGGACAAACCUAGGUGGAUGAAGGAAGGCGACAAGCUGAGACUGCGCCAGAAGGGGAAGAAGUUUAUGGAUAUCACAGAUCACCAGGAACUAUACGCAGACGGUGUGGGCGCAUGGUCUGGGAAAGCCAAUCUCCCCAAGUUGACUCACCAGAGACUCAUCAAGCCUCUGUUCCCCAAGGUCUCGACCUCGCGCAUGCACGACGUCCUUAAACACAUGACGAGCUACUACAACCGGUAUUUUGGCGGGGAGACGGGCGAGGAGUCGUCCCAGUGGCUGCACGACCACAUCGCGGCUAUCAUUGCCGACUCGCCCUUCCACACCCACAUCAGUCUCGAGUACUUCACGCACCCCUUCCCCCAGUCCUCCAUCAUCGCCCGCUUCGAGCCCAAGGUCCGCGACUUCACAAAGCCUUUGACCAUCAUUGGCGCCCACCAGGACUCUGCCAACUACCUGUUCCCGCUUCUGCCAGCGCCCGGAGCCGACGACGAUUGCUCGGGCACGGUCUCCAUCUUGGAGGCAUUCAGGAUACUGGCCACAAGUGGUUACAUACCGAAAGAUGGUCCUGUCGAGUUCCACUGGUACGCUGCAGAAGAGGGAGGACUGCUCGGCAGCCAGGCCAUCGCGGCAUACAAGAAGAAAGAAGGCGCCAACAUCGGCGCCAUGAUGGAGUUCGAUAUGACGGCCUUCAUCGCCCGCAACGCAACGGAGAGCAUCGGCUUCAUCAAGACCGACGCCGACGCCCCGCUGACCAAGUGGGCCGUCGACCUCAGCACCGAGUAUAUCAAGUCCAUCCCGACCAGCGUGUAUGAGUUGAUGCCCGGUGCCGGGUCAGACUACAUGUCCUACACCAAGCUGGGGUUCCCAGCGACGUUCGCAUCGGAGGGUAACCCUGUGGCUGGUGGAUUCCCUGGCGAGUUCGAUCCGUAUGUGCACACGAUCAACGACACGAUGGACGUUGACGACGAGACGGGGUAUUUCUCGAUCGACCACAUGGCGAGAUUCACGGAGCUCGCCAUCGCUUUUGCAGUCGAGCAGGCGAGCUGGGACAACAGCUGGAGCCCCCGUCUGCUUACGAGGGAUCGCAUGCAGCCACUAGACUACACGAUAUUGGAAGCCUCCCGUCUUGCCGCGCCCGACUUUCACAUGGGCCCCACCCGGGCUAUCUGA